AGAAGUAGUGAGAUCUAAGAAAAGUUGCAACACUGCAAGAUAAAUUUCAGAAUAUGUUUUAGAAUUACAUUGAAGUUGCCAAGUUUAUCUGUAGUAUAGUAAUUUACAUCGAUUGAGAAUGGGUGUCCCAAAGUUUUAUCGUUGGAUUAGCGAACGCUAUCCAUGUUUGAGUGAAACUGUCAAAGAAUUUCAGAUUCCAGAAUUUGAUAACCUUUAUCUGGAUAUGAAUGGAAUUGUACAUGUUUGUUCACAUCCUGAAGAUGAUAAUCCACAUUUUCGAAUCACAGAGGAAAGGAUAUUUAAGGAUAUAUUUCACUAUAUAGAGUUUAUAUUCCGCAUGAUCAAACCAAAGAAAGUGUUCUUCAUGGCUAUUGACGGCGUUGCACCAAGAGCUAAAAUGAACCAACAGAGAGGAAGACGAUUCAGAUCUGCACGAGAAGCUGAAGAUUUGAUUAAAAGGGCAGAAAUGAAUGGCGAAGUUUUACCUACAGAGAAAAGAUUUGAUUCUAAUUGUAUCACACCAGGUACUCCUUUUAUGGUCAGGUUACAGGAAGCCUUGAAAUAUUUUGUUGUACAAAAAAUAGGCAAUGAUCCUUUAUGGCAAGGUCCACGUAUCUUUCUCUCAGGCCAUGAGACACCAGGAGAAGGUGAACAUAAAGUAAUGGAUUUUAUAAGAUAUGAGAAAUCGAAACCAGGGUAUGAUUCUAACACCAGACAUUGUUUAUAUGGUUUAGAUGCUGAUUUGAUAAUGCUUGGUUUAACCAGUCAUGAACCACAUUUUUCACUCUUACGAGAAGAAGUACGAUUUGGUGGUAAAAAAGAUCAAAAUAAAAGACCAGCUACCCCAGAAGAAACAACUUUUCAUUUACUACAUCUGUCGUUAUUGCGAGAAUAUAUAGAUUAUGAAUUUGCUUCUGUUAAACCAUUAUUAUCAUUUCCAUAUAGUUUAGAGAAUAUAAUAGAUGAUUGGAUAUUGAUGGGUUUUCUAGUAGGAAAUGAUUUUAUACCCCAUCUACCAUAUUUACAUAUUAAAAAUGAUGCUCUUCCAAUGUUAUGGCAAACAUAUAUGCAAGUUCUACCAACAUUAGAUGGUUAUAUUAAUGAAGGUGGUCAUUUAAACCUAAAAAGAUUUGAAAAAUAUAUCACAACAUUGUCCAAGUUUGAUAUAGAAUCAUUCAAUGAUCAGUUUACUGAUAUUAAAUGGAUGGAAAGUAAAGUUGGCAAUAAACAUAUCAAUGAAUCUGCCGGUAGAGCUGCAAAAGAAGAAAACCGAAAAAAAGAAGAGCGUCAGAAGAAAAUGGCAGAUUUGAGUCCGUUUGCAGCAUUUAGUAUGCAUGAAGAUAGUGAACCCUCCGAUGAUCCCAGUACAGAUCCGUCCAUAGAUAAAACUGAUGAUGAAGACGAUGAUUUUGAUACAUUUGAUGCUGAAUUUAGACAACAUAAAAGAAAUUAUUAUAUGGAUAAAUUAGAAUAUGAAAAUGUCACAGCAGAUGUAUUAGAAGAUCAAGCUGAAGGCUAUGUUUUAGCUAUACAGUGGAUUCUACUGUAUUAUUUUGAAGGUGUUCCAUCAUGGGGCUGGUUUUAUCCCCAUCACUAUGCUCCAUUUAUCAGUGAUGUCAAGAAUUUUAGUGAUAUGAAGAUAGAGUUUGAUUAUGGGAAACCUUUUCUUCCAUUUCAACAAUUAAUGGCUGUAUUACCAGCUGCUAGUAAAGAUCUGUUACCGAAACCAUUACAGACAUUAAUGAUAAUGGACUCAUCACCAGUUAUAGAUUUUUACCCACAAGAUUUUAAAACUGAUUUAAAUGGCAAACAGCAAGAAUGGGAAGCUGUUGUUUUAAUUCCUUUUAUUGAGGAGAAAAGAUUAUUAGAUGCAAUGGAUACCCAGUAUAGAUAUUUAAGUAAAGAAGAAAUAUCUCGUAAUAAACAUGGUCCAUGUUUAAUGUAUCAACAUAGUGUUGAGUCCCAGGGUGUUUAUGUUUCUCCCUUACCUCUAGUAUUUCCUGAUAUUGGUGCCAAUCAUUCCAAAUUAACAGAGAUACCUAUAACAGAAUACAUCGUCGAUCCAAAUAAAUUACGUAAAGGUUUAAUGGAUGGAGUUAAAUUAGAUGUUUAUUUCCCUGGAUUCCCUACACUAAAACACAUACCUCAUAAGGCACAUCUCAGUAGUGAUGGAGUAAAAGUGUUCCAGCAAAGUAGUCGAGGACAGAAUAUGAUGUUAGAUAUAAUACCAAACCCUGUCAGAGAUACAGAAUUAGUAAUUAAAGAAUUAUUGGAUAAAACAACUUAUGUUGGCUGGCCACAUUUAUAUGAAGCUAAAGUUGUUAGUAUCAUGGAUGGUGCUGUUAAAUAUGAUCUGGUAGAAGAAAGUCCAAGUAAAGGAAAGAAAUCAAAGAGUCCAAGAUAUGAGAGAAGAGUACAGGAUUUAACGAGAGAUGAAGCUCAGAUAUUUUAUCGUACUGUUGAUAAUAUUAAAGAAAGAUACCAUGAUCGUCAUGGUGUAAAUAUAGGCAUCACAUCUCUCAUAAUAAAUGCUUGUCCUAUGACUGGAAGAAAGUAUGCUUGUGGUUCACAUGGGAAGAUAACUCUAGAAAAACAGUUCUCCACUCAACCAGUAGCGUUUGCUCAUCAAGCUACAAUACAGAAUAUAUCUGUUCAUGAUCCAGCUUUCUGUCAGUUUAUGUCAAUGGAAGAACUGUUCCCUGCAGAAUCACCUGUGUUCAUGUUAGGUUCACCACAUUAUGGCUGUCAGGGUCAGGUUGUGGAAGUAGAUACUGCUGAGGGUCGUGUUAGAGUGAAUUUUACUGUAUUAAUAGAACCAGAUAUAGAAAAAAUACUACAGAGUCAACAGGGUUCUUCCAGUUAUAUGCCUGGUUUUGUUGCUGCACAGAAACUAGCUAUUAAUACACAUUUCUUGUCACGGAUAACUGGAACUAUUUUCUUACAACGUGGCUCUCCUGAUAACCCCAGUAAUGGUAAAGUUAAUAUUGGCUUGAAUUUGAAGUUUUCUAAAAGAGGAAUGGAAGUUCCUGGUUAUACAAAGAAAUCUGAAGAUGGUUGGCUGUAUUCACAGAAAGCUGUGGAUACUGUAGGAAAAUAUAUAGAAAAAUUUCAAGAGUUAUGUGAUUUUCUCUCUAACAGUGAUAAUAAUAGCAGUGAUAUGUACUCAGCUCAUGAUAUAUUUGGUGAUAACUGUGGUGAGAAGAUAAAGGAGAUUGAAGCAUUUAUCAAAGCAUUACCCUGUUCCUCUGUGGCCCCUAUUAAAUCAGGUUCAGAUAUGGUAGAUGAACAUAUAGUAAAAGCUAUAGAAGAAGAAGCAACAAGAAUACAUGAAUUAAACAAGAAGAAAGAAAGAUGUAUUAAGAUGCAGGUUAAACCACAUUUACUAUACAGGCCAAUCAUUAGUUUAGGACCUAUAAUGCCUGAUCCUAGUGCUAGAUUUGAACUAUACGAUAGAAUAGUGAUAUCUAAACAAGGUUAUGCUGUACCGUUUGGUUUACGUGGUACAGUAGUUGGUGUACAUCCAGCAGAAAAAGAAAUGGAUGUUUUAUAUGAUGUUGUGUUUGAUGAAGAAUUUGUUGGUGGUAUUGAAGUUAGAUGUUCCAAGAACCGUGGCUAUCGUGUUCCAUGUUUUACAAUGAUUAAUUUAACUUAUGGUGACAUGAAGGAGAAGGGAAAAUUACAUUUACGAGACCAAACUUCAGGUGCCAACAAAUCAGAAAAUAAUUCAAGACAUCGAGAGAAUAAACCCGUCAAAUAUGGUAUUCGUUAUUCCGAGGGGUCAAAUAGAGGUGGAAGGUCUGAUUCCUAUCCACGUAAAGGCUAUGAUAACAAUCAGCAUGGCUACAAUCAGUCUCCACGAAAUGCCUGGGGUAAUUCAAACCAAGGUCAAGGUGGAAGCAGAGGUCAGGAGAACAGACAGGUCAAGAUAUUUAACAAUGAAGGAUAUGAUGUUGAUUUUCCAAGUGGAAGCCAUCCACAGUUUGUUACACCAAAAGUUAACUCUGCCCACAGAGCACCACCAAGAAAAACUUAUGCAGAUCUCGCUGGUAAUAGUAGAGGUCGAUCACAGCAACAAUCUUGGACAGGUACUGCUGAUUCUGAGUUUUCUGAUAUGUGGUCACAACUUCAAGCGAAAUCUCCCCAAAAACCAACUACAGUAGAGCCACCUAGCCAGACAGAAGAAAACAAAGGCCCAUCACUCAUAGAUGCAGCCAAAGCCUUGAAUAAGUUAUCUCCUCCUGCUGGUUGUCUUAAUGUGAAGUCAAUAGAGAAAUCUAGUGAUAGCGUACCUAACGUGAACAAUUCUAAUCCUGUAUCAAAUAGUACUAAAAUAGAUUUAAAUAGAUUGUUUGAUAGUGUAGGAAAUAAAAAGGUUGUUGUCAGUGAUGAGUUUUCAUCCCAUUUUAAUUCCUUGUCAUUAGCAGCUGAUAGUGCAAAACAGACAGAAAUUUUAGGUGCUUCACCUAAUGAAAACACUGGUGAUUAUUUAAAACCGCAUAUUACAAGUUCUUUAGGGGAAUCCCCUCCUGAUAGUUCAGCACUCCCCAAUCCUAAAUCUUAUGGGACACAAUUAUCAUUGAAAGAAUUAUUUGAUAGUGCUAAAGAAAGUUCUGUGUCGCCAUCACAGCAACAAGAAGGAACAUCUAAUAGAAACAAACCCCUUAAACAUCAUUCUAGUCAUCCGCAUAAUCAGUCACAGCCUAGACACCAGAGUGAUACAUCCCAUAAUACAAGAAAACCGGUAGAAGAUUUGCAUAAUCUGUGUGUAACAAUGUUCAAACAACCACCUAAAUAUGAUAUUAAUACAUUCAACCAAAAUAGUCAUCAAGUAUUUGUAACCAUACCAAAUAUGGGACGAUUUAAUGGUGCAUCUUGUGCUACAAAGGAAGAGGCUAGAGCCAGUGCUGCUAGUAUAGCACUAUUACGAAUGGGAGGAGCUGGAGCAGCUUUUACAAGGUUUCCUGGUUUCCAUGGUAAUCAAGGUACUAGACAAUUGUUUUCUCCCAAUUCUGCUUUUAGUCCUGUAUUACCAGGUGCUCAACCAAUGGGAAACCAAAUGGGGAAUCAGAUGCCUCGUCCAUUUCACAUGCAGAUGUUUCCAAGACAUCCCUUUGCCCAACAACCAGGAUAUUCGAAUCCACAGGGUUAUAGACAGAUGGGUAACUUUAACAUGAGGGUAAACUUUAACCAGAGACCGCCAGCCAAUCAGUUUCCUGGUAACAACCCUCAAAUUCACACUGUAUCCAAUCAACAUGCAAGUUACAGUCAAAGGGAUCAGCAUAGUAACCAUAGAGACCAGCAUAGUAACAAUAGAGACAGUAACCCUAGAAACAAUGUAGAUAUUAGUUCAUCAACAGAUAGUACUUCAAAUCCUUUUAUACCACUACAGGUAACAAAAAAACAGAAAACUCCACAAAAACGUCAUAAUUCUGGAGAACAUCGUGCAGCUGCUGAAACAAGUGAAACUAGAAUGUCUACGGAAGAAACCAAAACAUCAACAGUCGGCAACAGACCCCAAAACAACAAACCUGCUACAUCCAAAACACAAAAAUCAGAUCAACACCAAAAACAGAAACACACCCCACCAAGGGGCCAGAAAGGCCGCCGUACAAGAAUAGCUGCUAAUCUUAAUUUUGAAAAUUGUGCAUAGGAAAUAAUAAUUUGAAGAGACUAGAGUGCUAAUUAUUGUAAAGUGAAAUCUGUUUUGAAGUUUAAAACAGUUCCAAAUUUUACCUCAGAUUUUGAAUCUUAGUCCAUUUUAGCCAUUAUGUCUGCCUGUAUUCCCGAAGAAAGACUUAGCCGAAAUGUUUUGUGAUCAUUUUUUUUAUCUGUGAGUGAUUGCGAAAGUCAGAGUCUCUGUUGUAUUUCAGAGGCCCUAUUAAAUGUUUUAUUACAAUUACAUAAGCUUACCCUCUUUUCAGGAAUAUAGGUUGAGGUACUGUACUCAAUUAUCACAAUUUCAGUUGGUUUCUUUUGCUAUCCCAAUUUGUCCACAAAAUAAAAUGGAUAUUAAAAGGAAGACAGAUUUGUCUUCUAAUGAUCAUUUUACAUAAAAUUUAAGUUUGAUUUGAAAUACAAAUCUUUUAAUUUUAUCUUUGGAGUGCUUUCCCAUUUUUUUUUUUGUUGGUGCCAAAGUUUGUGAUUUUAAGGGAUUGUGAAUUAGUUAUGAGUAUGUAUAUAUUAUCAAAUAAACUGUAUAUAGCACUUUUAACGAUCUCAAAUUCAGAGACAGUAUUUCAUCGUUGCACACUUUGGAAAGGGUUAUGUCAAAGUGAGAUGUCAAAGGUCGAGGGAAUAAGCCUUGUAACUGAGCAUUGUAAAUUGUUGAGUUUUCACCCUGGUGUGUUAAAAUGUUUUAAAAUGUGAUAAAUUCAAGGUGUAACUCGUGAGAAUUCCUGGUGGUAAAAUCUUGUGCCUUGUGGUCCCUGAACGAUAACCUUGUUCAACUAGUGCUCUAUAAGUUACGAUGUUGCAGACUAUUAUCAAAGAUGGCAGCACCAGACAGAGCCACAUGACCCCAUUUUCUGAGAUAUUAGGGUUUUGGGAUAUAUAGGGAAUGGAUUGUGUUAGAAAUUUCUAUGUUUCGUACACACUUUUGUUAACUUUGUUUUAUUUAUAUGUUUUAUGUUUUGUUACAUUAACAAUAAGUUGAUAUUUUUAUUUUAAGUUGUUAUUUAUUUUCUGCUGUCAAGAUUUCAAUCUGAUUAAAACACAGAUCUUGUUUCGUUUUGGUUUUUUCUGUUUGAUGUUGGAGAUUAGCCAAUGAAAUGGCCUGUUAUGUCGAGCUUUGUGCAAGGUGUGGAUGAAAUUCUGAGAGUCCAUUCAGACAAAUUUCACCUGUAUGACCCUCGACCUCCUACAAAAACAGGUCAGAUCUAUUUGUAGUGGAGGCCAUCGAAAGUGUAUAUAAACAAAACGAAAUUUGAAUAUGUAUUUUUAUCAGAUUGUCAAGAUUUAUAUGUUAAUAUAACACGAACUUUAAAAUAUAUAUUUGAAGAUAAAUGAAAAUUGGAAUAAUUUUCACAACCAGUAAUUUCCUCCAAAACAAAUCUAUCAUUUGAAAAAUUGUUAAUACUAUUAGCUUUAUGAUAUAAGAUCUAUAUGAAAGUGGCAGAACAAUAAAAUUAUAUUAAAUGUACAAUCAAAUAUUACUUGUUAUGCUGUCAGUGUUUACAUGGAAGAUUAAAACUUGUGUGUAUUAAAUGAUAUUUUCUAAUGAAAUAAUUUAUAUUCAUAAUUUUUACCUGGAUCAAGCUCAAAGAAUUUGAUUGAUACUGCCCGAAAGUAUGAUGCUUUUUAAGCUUGAUUUGAUGGCUUCAAUAUUAAAUUGCAUAGACUAGGAAAGAUUGUGAUCAAGGUAAAUUCUGAUUCAGUCUUUUAUUUUAAUAGAGAUCCCGAGAGCUUAAAUCAAAAACAUCAAUGAAGUCCAGCAUGAUUCCAGUAAAUUUGUUGCAGUAAAUUUGACUACUUUGGUACCCAUGUCCAUAUAAUUUUGGCCAUUAAAGUACCUUUGCAUUAAGCAAAGUUUUUGUUAAUCACGGAACACCCAUGGUUGCAAAGAUAAUUUUAAAUGGAGUUUUAAUUAUAUUAAUCCCACUGCUAAAGACCCCUACGCGCAAGCGAUUUAUGUAAAUAAAAUUGAACCAUAUGUUAGUCCCGAAAUGACCUAGUUUGUGUCGAGUGGACGUUAAACCCCAUUUCUCUCUCUCUCUCUCUCUAAUUAUAUUAACUAAGCUGGUCAUUUAAGUCAUUUGUGAAAGAUCAUUUUAUUAUCCAUUUGUACAUUAUCAUGAACAUCUUAUACAUUCUUAUUGUAAUGAUUAUUUUAACGGAAAGUUGAGCUUUAUUAAUUAUUUUUAAAAAACUUAUAUGUAUUUCUUUCUCAUCUUGAAAAUAGGAAGUGGCAUAGUUCAUGUAAUUGUUAUUUUUUAUAGAAAUUUUGAUAGAAAAAUGAUAUACUAUAUGCGUGUUGUUCCUAUGACUACUAGUGUGUCUUGUUAACCUUAUUGCAUUCUUGAAAAUGUAGAUUCAUUGAUUAUAACCACAUAUACUAAAAUGUCAUCACUUAGUUUAUCAAUAAUUGAAAAGAAACAUAAUGAGAGAAAAACAGCUAUUAAUGACAUUGAUUUUACUAAUUUUGAUUUGUGAAGACAUUUUAUUUGGUUCAUUUACAGUAAUCAGAAAACAUCUUUAAUCUUUUGUUAGUGGUGUAACCAGAUUAUUGCUGAGGAGGGAACACAGUCUUCAAACUUUCUAGGGACAACACCUUCCUAGUUCCCCACUCUGACUGCACUAUUGCUACAAUUUUUAUGCUGCUGGUCAGUACAGGUGUAUAAAGUGUGUCUGAAAUCCACCUAAAAUGGUAGUUUUGAAUGUAUCCUCAUUUUUUUUUGCAGAAGAAUGAAAAGCAGUUCUUAUUUUUACCAGGAAUUAGGUUCUUUAUUUUAAGACACAUAUUGUUAGAUAUGAAACAAUAUAUGCCAUUAGUACAGACCAGAGCCAAUUUCUCGAAAAAUUAAAAAUUGUUCAUGGCUCAAUAAAAAAUAAAUAGUUAUGCAAGUUGAUAGUAUCCUAUAAUUAUGUUUUUGAGAAGUAUGUGCCAAGGGUCUAUUUCUGGAAGUGAUAAUAUUCCAAUAGUCUAAAAAUAUGUUUAAGAAAGGCUUUUUAAACAUGUCCUUUUAUAUGGUCAUCCAUGGCUAUCGUAACAAUUAUAGUUGCAAAAUAAAUGAAAUAAAGAAAGAAAUACAAAGUGGAAUACAAUAUUAAAAACAAUAUUUGAAAUAUAGAAAAAGUAGAAAACUAUUUAAUCUAUUCUUCAAUAUUUGUUUACCUCCACCCCCAGCCUGAAUUCUUAUGAUUACCAUGGAAACCUUCCUUCUGUUUCUUAUGUUAAAUUGAUUGGUGAGUAAACCUACUGAUUUUAUGUUUGUAUAUAUAAAGAUGAUUAUAGUAUAUUCUGUAAAUAGUGUAAUAUAUCCAUUAUGAUGAUGAAAAAUAUAAUCAAAUAAAACGUCUUUUCAUUUUC